AUGUCUCUAUCCAUCGGUUACGUGCCAGAACAUUUCUCCACUCCACUCCACUUCGCCCAUAAACACUUUAGCCUCGACGCCAACCUGGUGUCCUUUCCUUCCGGAACAGGACAUAUGAUUACUGCUUUGCGGGCGGGAGAAAUCGACGUCGGUAUUGGCCUGACUGAAGGGUGGAUCGCCGGCCUCGGCAAAGAAGACAUCGAGGGUGACGGAGGGUAUCGCCUCGUUGGCACAUACGUUGAUACUCCGUUGCGCUGGGCUAUAUCGACCGGCGCCAAACGCCUCGAGAUCGCCUCAGUGGACUCCCUCAAGGGCAAAAAAAUCGGCGUCUCUCGCAUCGGCUCCGGCUCGUAUGUAAUGGGCUACGUCCUGGCCGACCAGCAAGGCUGGCUGAGCGAGAAUGUCAGCUUCUCUGACACGGUGGUGCUCCACAACUUUGAGAAUCUUCGCAACGCGGUAAACUCGGGCGAGGCCGAUUUCUUCAUGUGGGAGUAUUUCACGUCUAAAAAGUAUUAUGACUCUGGGGAGAUUCGCCACGUGGGCGACAUUUACACUCCCUGGAGCAGUUGGCAGGUUGUGGCGUCGACAAAGCUCGCCUCUGGCUCUGCCGUGGACCUGCGCGUCAAGACCUUGUUCGAGAAGCUAGAUGAAGGAGUCAAGUAUUUCAUCGAGAACCAGGAAGAGGCCGUCAAGUAUAUUUCCACGGAGCUGGGGUACACUGAGCCCGAUGCGAGGGAGUGGUUAAAGACGGUCAACUUUACGACCAAGACGGCAGGCGUGAAGCUUGACGUGGUCAAGGGUUGCGUGAACGUGUUGAGGAAAGCGGGUGUCCUGACCGAGGGGAAGGGGAUGGAUGCCGAAUCCAUGGUUGUCGAGCCAUGA